AUGGAAGAAGAGAAGCCACAAAAUCUAGAUCCGUUCGCCCCCAUCCAAUCUACUGGCGACCAAGCUGUUGAUUUGCAUAUUUUAAGUGAAGAGAUGACUUCCCAAAAAGAUGAAAGGAUUGCCUCUACAAAUCCUUCUCCGGAUGCAGUUGUCACGGGGGCUUCAAGAAACACCAAAUAUCAACCUGCAACUUCAGUAACAACUGGAGGUCUUUCUACUUUACAACCAUUUAACACAUAUACCCCUCAAGAACAGGGUUAUUACAUUGCAGGGUAUGAUAGCGGCAGUGGUAACUGGGAUGAACAUUCAAACUAUGUCAAUGCCGGCAACUUGAAUGUCUUACCUCCGGCCAUGUACAAUGAAAAUUCUUCACUCUUCUUUCCUCCGAGCUAUGGCUUUGACUCCCAGAUGGCAUAUGGGCAGUUUUCUUCUCUGGCUAGCCCCCUUUCUCCAAUAAUGAUUGAUGGUCAGCUGUUUUCUCCUCAUCAAGUGCCUGUGACCCCGCCUUACUAUCCGCCACCGAUUUCACCUGGCCCACCACAUGUUACUUCGGCGCAUCCUGCCUCACAGACUGAAAUAAUGGCACCAGGAAAUAGCAGCCAAGAAAACCUUAUUGACAACACAUUUUUUGGGCCAGGUUCAGCUUACUAUCUACCAUUUGGAUCUUUUAGUGGAGGUGAAUUUUCUGGAAGUAGUGCCCAUGGUCCUUACAAAUUCCGUGGAGAUUUUGGGUCAAGCGAAUCAUUUCCUAGGCGCUCGAGUUCCUUAGAUACUAGCUGGUUCAUAUCUCCAUUAACUUCUGGAACUGGAUACGCUCAACCUAUUGGCAUACUUGGAUCAUAUGAGCAAAAUGUUGCACAGCCACCAUUUCAGGGUUUUGGGUUAACGACAAAUACCUCUGCUAGACAUUUGGCCAACAGUGGUUCUUACCAAAGCUCUGUUGGGUCUAGUUCUACUCGAUAUCGAGUUUCCAGUGACAAAAGUGGAAGGCGAGAAAGGGAUCGGGAUUCUCUCAACAUUUCUACAGAUAUGUCUGGUGUGUCAAGCGACCGGAACAGAGGACCAAGGGCCUUGAAGCCCAGAAACAAGAGUAGCCCCGAAGAAGAGUCUUCUGUGAGCAUUAAAGAUGUUGAAUCAACUUCUAGGCUUCAGGCCGAUCACAUCAACUCGCCAGAUUUCAUAACCGAUUAUGAACGUGCAAAAUUUUUUGUUAUAAAGUCUUUUAGUGAAGAUAAUAUCCAUAAAAGUAUAAAAUACAGCGUCUGGGCGAGCACACCACUUGGGAACCGAAAAUUGGAUGCUGCCUAUCACGAAUUAAAGGAAAUGGAAGGCAUCUGUCCAGUAUUUCUCUUCUUCUCGGUUAAUGCUAGUGGCCAAUUUUGUGGUGUAGCUGAGAUGAUUGGGCCUGUUGACUUUGAGAAUGAUGCUGAUUACUGGCAGCAGCAGGAUAGGUGGAGUGGUCAGUUUCCCGUCAAAUGGCAUAUUGUCAAAGAUGUACCCAACAGUCGCUUUCGCCACAUACUUCUUGAAAAUAAUGACAACAAGCCUGUCACACACAGCCGGGACUCUCAAGAGGUGAAGCUGGAACAGGGAAUUGAAAUGUUGAAAAUUUUCAAGGGCCAUGAUCCCGAGACAUCCCUACUUGAUGAUUUCCAGUUUUAUGACGAGCGGGAGAAAACCUUUCUGGAGAGGAAGGCAAAACAGCAAGCCAGUUAUAGUGGGAAUACAAGUGGAGAUGCAGCGUCUGCUCAUGUAACCGAAUCAAUUAGUCAACUGUCGGAAAAUUUGGCCGAUACUCUACGGUUGGAUGGCAGUGUAAGCAUAUCCAAGGAGGAUUUGGAGUAA